CUCUCUCUCUCUCUCUCUGCGAAACGUCCUCUCCGAGAUCCCGAAUCGGCAAUCUCCCGAAGAUCUCGAUCACCGAGCAAUGUGAUUUCCCUUCGAUCGCUAAGAGGGAUUCGUUGUUUCCGCGUCAAGAAUUUCCGGAACCUUUUUUCUUGCGGAAGUAGAAAUUCGGUUUGGUUCGUUUUCUUGAUUCUGCAAAGGGUGAAUCGGUGUUGAUCGUCGUCGUCAGAUCGGAGGUAGCGGCGGAGAAAAUGGCGGCGGGUAUGGUAGCGACCGCCGCAGGGGCAGUGGUCUUGCUGUACUUACUGGGCCGGAGAAUCGUGGUGGCGAGGGACGGUGAGGAGGACGACGGCGGCGAGUUUGCCAAAUCGAGGAGGUCCGUGAGGAGGAGGAUUUCGAGGAGGCCGGCCUUGGCCCCGGCUACUUGGUUCGAGACCAUUUCCACCUUGUCGGAGACGCUGCGGUUUACGUACUCGGAGACUCUGGGAAAAUGGCCCAUCGCUGACCUAGCUUUUGGCAUCAACUAUUUGAUGCGUAGGCAGGGUGACAUGCAGGUUGCAAGUGUUUAUGCUGGGAGUAAUUGUAUAGAACUCAAAGGACAAGAAAUUAUUGCCGAGUUGAAUGAGUUAUUGAGAUUUUUGACCCUUUGUAUUCUUUUCUCCAAGAAGCCCUUUGUCGUGUUUCUGGACUCAGCUGGAUAUACUCAUGAAGAUGUUAUUCUUCAGAAGCCUAAAGCAGGGCUUCUGAAGCCUGCUUUCACAAUUAUACGUGAUACCAGAUCAAGAUGUAUCCUGUUAUUGAUUCGUGGCACUCACAGCAUCAAAGAUACACUAACAGCUGCAACUGGUGCUGUGGUCCCUUUCCACCACUCGGUGUUGCAUGACGGUGGAGUAAGCAAUUUAGUUUUAGGCUAUGCACACUGUGGAAUGGUUGCUGCAGCUCGAUGGAUUGCAAAACUUAGCAUCCCUUGUCUCAUCAAGGCCCUUGAUGAGAAUCCCGGUUGCAAGCUAAAGAUUGUAGGCCAUUCUCUCGGGGGUGGGACAGCUGCACUUUUAACGUAUAUUCUUCGGGAGCAAAAAGAGUUUGCAUCAGCCACUUCUUUUGCAUUCGCACCAGCUGCAUGUAUGACAUGGGAUUUAGCAGAAUCAGGCAAGAACUUCAUCACUACAAUUGUCAAUGGAUCUGAUCUGGUCCCAACAUUCUCUGCUUCUUCGGUUGAUGGCCUCCGUUCUGAGGUCACGUCAUCUUCCUGGUUGAACGAUCUGCGGGAUCAGGUUGAACACACCAGAGUACUUAAUGUUGUUUAUCGUUCUGCAACCGCCAUAGGAUCUCGUCUUCCAUCUUUAGCGACUGCGAAAGCCAGAGUUGCUGGUGCUGGGGCACUUUUACGGCCCGUCUCAAGCGGCACUCAGGUCAUGAUAAAGCGUGCCCAGGAUGUUGCACAAGCCGUUGUACAGACUCGUUCUUCAAUAUCUUCAUGGGCAUGCAUGGGACCACGGCGUCGGGCGAUUAGCUCCCAACUGAACACUAAAGUCACCGACGUGCCUGAAGGCUCCUCCUCUGUUAUUUCCGAGAGAAGAAGCACAGAAGCUCUUGUGUCUGAAACGGUGGCGAGGGAACAAAAAGGUCUCAAGCGAAUGGAGCAACAACGUUUGUCGUGCAGCAGUGGAUCUGGACAUGAAUACCCAGAAGAAGAAGAUGAUGACGAUGAUGAAGGUGAAGAAGAAGAGGAACCUUUGAUCUCAAUUAGGAGAGUGAUGACGGAAUCAUCGUCUGCGAUGGAAGACGUGACAGGAGAUGAACUCUGGGACGUGUUGGAGAAAGAGCUGAAGCGGCAGGAGAAUGAGAGGGACAUCGAGGCGCGUGAGGAAGAGGCUGCUGCUGCUAAGGAGAUAACGGAAGAGGAGACUGAAAUCGUGGUCGGGGCAGGAGACUCGUCGGGGCAGAGUCACAGCCCAGCUUCGGCCACAUCCACAGACAUGGCAGAGAACCAGCGGUUCUACCCUCCAGGUAAGAUCAUGCACAUUGUCUCGGUGUCUGAAUCUGAGUCGGAAUCCGAAACGGAAACGGAAACGGAAUCGGAGUCCGAAACAAGGGGUAGGGUAGAAGAGGGAGACAGCAGGAGGAGGAGGAGGCGGAGGGUGGAACGAGUGAGAAUAUAUGAGACGCCUAGGGAACUGUACAGUAAGAUUAGGCUGUCGAGAACAAUGAUAAACGACCAUUACAUGCCAAUGUACAAAAAGAUGAUGGAACUCUUACUCUCUGAAUUGGAGAGGGAAUCUUACUAAGUUCCCAUCUCUCUC